AUGAACUCCAAAGUAUAUACAUCACGCCCAGAAGAAGCAGAUUUGUUCUUAGUUCCAAUUCCAUUAUCCGGAUUAAACCACAAGCAAUUCGCAGACCUACAUUUUCUAUUGCAAGAAAAGCACAAGAAAUACUAUUCACGAUAUAAUGGCUGCGAUCAUAUCUUUAUUCAUGGAAUUCCACCAAAAAAUCAAACCACAGCCGUUACAUAUCAAGAAAUUGCGACACUAACACCACAUUUUCUUACCCCAAACUAUGUUGUCAUGGGUGAUCACAUGAAUACAUGGAGAUUAGCUAAAAAUGUAAUUUUACCAUUAGAACCACAGACAAAGUACAUUAAAACGAAUAAAACAAAGAAAUUCCAAAUAGCAUUUGAUGCAGACACCACAAAUUGUACAGACUACAACAAAAAUCUUAGAGAUUUAAUUCGACGAGAAAUACAAAGAAACAAACACGUCGUUGUUGCAAAAACGCAUAAGGACAUGCUUAAAUUAAUUGAACAAUCAUACUUUUCUGUUGUAACCCCUUGCGAAGAUGAUGUGGCCCAUAAUUUUUAUGAUGCAAUCAAUUCUCUUUCAAUUCCAAUUGUUUACAGCGACAGAAUGAGAUUUCCAUUCGAAGAUGAGUUGAUUGACUACUCUGGCAUCAUUCUCCACUUCCCAGAGCAAUAUCCAAAAGAAAUACUGAAUGUUUUGCCUCAAAUGAAGAAACACACAGGAGAAAUGAUCAAAGAAAUCAUCAGUGCAAGAAAACUCUUCCAGAUCCACAAAGAAAACGGUGGAUACGCUUGGGCUCUGUCGUGGUCUUUGUAUAUGAAGUUUUUAGCUUGGCUGCCAAUCAGAAGAAACAGAGUACUCGACGACAACCUCCAAAACCCUCUGGCUUACGAUGCAAUGUAA